GAAUGGUCCAUGGAGACGUUCGAACCGACGUGGGCCGGGCGUUGUUAAUGUUGCAGAGACCGGUCCACACGCACCCAUGGACCAACCUCCUAACGCCCAUACCACUAGAUCACCACGUGGCACGUUAUUAUUGGUUCAUGACGUGACGAAUCGACAUUUUUAAAAAGGGUUCUAGAGAGGUAGGUUUACGAUUAUAGCAGAGAGAAAGGAGAGUCUGUGCCUGACUUUCCUCUCCUGUAUCGUUUUUCCCAGAUCAAAGUUCAACUGCUUUAAUUUCCAUUUUUCCCAGCUCGCGUCGCUAUUUAAACCUUUCCCUUUCCCACUCUCUUCUUCGUUCAAUUCUUCUUCAUUUCCCAUUUCUCUGAUCUCUCUCUCCCUCCCUCCCUCCCUCCCUCUCUGUCUUUUGAUCAUAUUGGCCAUUCUGAUCAGUUUCUUGGAUCGAAAUGGAUUACCAAACCCGAUACCAAGAGGAUAAUUCGCAGCCGCGAUAUGAAUGCCUUCUCUUUGAUGUAGAUGAUACCCUUUAUCCCCUGAGCUCUGGUUUGUCAACCCAAUGCACCAAGAAUAUAGAAGAUUAUCUGGUUCAGAAGCUGGGUGUGGAGAAGAAUAAGGUUUCUGACUUCAAUCAUAAUCUUUACAAGAAUUAUGGGACAACGUUGGCUGGUCUCAGGGCCAUCGGCUAUAAGGUCAACCAUGAAGACUACCACCGCUUUGCUCAUGGGAGAUUACCCUAUGAUAAGAUGCUAAAACCUGACCCAAUCCUCCACAGUCUUCUUCUUAGCCUGCCCAUUCGGAAAGUUAUUUUUUCAAAUUCGGACGAGGCCCAUGUGGCUAAAGUUCUUAGAAGGCUUGGAUUGGAAGGCUGUUUUGAAGGGAUCAUAUGCUUUGAGACUCUAAAUCCAUCUGAUGGAAGCAACACUACAAAUGGUGUGGAUGGCUAUCUGAACGGAGAAAGCGUGAGACGAGGCAAGAUUUCCGGAACUGGAAUUUUUGACAGUGGACAUCUUUCUCAGCCUAAUGCUGGUUCAGGACUUACACCAACUCCAAUCAUCUGCAAACCCUUUCAAAAUGCAUUUGAACAAGCUUUUGAGAUGGCUAAUAUCAACCCUCAAAGAACACUGUUUUUUGAUGAUAGCAGUCAAAAUAUAGAGACCGGGAAGCUUUUGGGCCUCCACACUGUCUUGGUGGGCACUUCCCAAAGAACAAAAGGUGCAGAUUAUGCUUUAGAGAGCAUCCACAAUAUCAGGGAAGCAUUGCCAGAACUCUGGGAAGCCAGUGAAAACACAGAAACUGGCAGGUACCCAGAAAAGAUUGCAAUAGAAACAUCAGUGAUAGCUUAGGUUCUGUAUUUUAGGGAGAAGAAGAAAGUAUGUGGUACAGCCCAUAGGGUCUCAGCUUUCCUAUGCGUAUAUCAUUUUAGUGUAUGUGUAAUAUAUAAAUGUGAUUGUGAAAAAGAAAAAGAAAAAAAAAAUUUUGUUUUUUGUAAUUGUACUUGAUGACAAGCUUGUGCUUAAAUAUAAAUUUGACCUACCUUUUUUUU